AUGCGCCUUCUACAAUGCCGGAUCCGGUGCCGCCCCAGCACAAUCGUUGAGCGCAGGGUAGAACUAGAUCGUUUCUCGUGGUUUCAGCAUGGAAAUCCCGCCGCGGCGAGCAUCCCAGCGCUCCUGAUCGCUCUCAAGGCCUGCGGCGUCGCAAGGGAGGUUCAAUCCGGGAGGAAAAUCCACUGGGACUCGGCCAGGAGCGGCCUUGGCUCGGCGAUUCGCGUGGCAAAUACGCUGAUUUCUAUGUACGCGAGGUGUGGAAGCAUUGUGGAAGCCAAGCGCGUCUUCGAUGGAAUGGAGGCGCCCGACACUGUCUCGUGGAACGCUCUCAUCCAGGGAUACGCUACAAGUGGUGAGGAUGAUCAAGCGUUACAGCUUUUUUUCCAGGCUCGGGGCAGUGGUUUAGUGGAUUCUCGGACUCACGUCUUUACUCUCAUGGCCUGCUCCGCCAUGGCCGAGAAAGAGGAGUUCACUUUCAUCGAUGGAAGGUUUUUAAAGGUGAAGUCUCUCCGCUUGGGCUUGGCUGUUCACUCUCACGCUCGCGACUUGGGUUGUGACGCAGAUAUCUACGUUGCUGGAACGCUGGUGGAUAUGUACUCCAAGUGUGGAAGCAUGGAGAACGCUGUCAGUGUGUUCGAGAGCAUGAGAACGGGCAACCCGAGGUAG